AAUAAGAGCCUUAUAUUAAUCAUCUAAAUAAUAUUCAAUAGGCACUUCGGAAUUCAUUAGUAGAUAGAUCGAAAAAAGAGGAUUAUGGGAAAUUCCUAAAUGCGUUUUGCCAGGGCAUUCUACAACGUGAGCACAUGCCUACUCAGGGAAACCCAUGAUAUAUGCUGAUUGGUCGUCACGUCAUAUUCCCGGGGAAGAACCCGCGAUACUAGUCAUUAAAUUGUACUUUGAUUAACGCAUUAUUCCGGUAUUGAAGCAGUUGAUUACGUGCGUUUGGUGAGUAACGAACGUCGUGCAUCCCAACAUUAUCGGAGACGAGACUCUCAAAUUUUAUUUGUCCUGCGACAUUUGAUCGUACUCGCGGUAACAGCUGAGCGAAUUAAUUUCUUAAUUUGAUGCAUCUGUCGAUCGCACACUCGUUUAAUAUUCAUGAGGAAAGUAAUCGCCAAUAUGCCCGAUGCGUACGAGAAUUUUAACAUGGCGAUGCGGAGUAUGUUGACAUCCAGUGGUAUUAUGGAUAAUGAGGCGGACCCGUCGUACUUUCCAUUCAACGAUUUAACAUUGAUGGGCAGUACAGGUGGUCUAAGCCCAUAUAGUGGAUCUCAGGGAAAUAUGAGUAUUACAUCACCCAUGUCAACAUCUUCGUCGCCUAUGCAUAUCACAGAUAAUUAUAUCAAUUUAACUAAUGCUUCAGUACAAGUACUUGGUGAACCAUACAUUAAUAUUUUGGUACAUCCAAUGGAUAAAUUUAGAUUCAGAUAUAAAUCUGAAAUGGUAGGGACACAUGGAAGUUUGUUGGGUGCAUCAAAUGGACGUAGACGGAAUAAAAAUAAUGUACCAACAGUCCAAUUACAUAAUUUUUUGGAUAAAGCAAUAAUACGAUGCACAUUGGUUACAACGGACGACGAACAUACACCACAUGCUCAUAGAUUAGUGAAACGUAUGGGUACCACAGAUAUAGAUGACCCGCAUGAUAUAGAAGUUUCAUCUGCAAACGAUUUUACUGCUGAAUUCCAUAGUAUGGGAAUAAUACAUACUGCAAGAAAAAAUAUUAAAGACGAAAUAGUACGAAAAUUACGUGCAGAAGUUUUAGAGGAACGUAAACGUUCAAAUUUUAAUGCUACUCUUAGUCUUCGUGACGAUGCACAGAUUAAAGCUGAUGCAGAACGUUAUCAGAAGAUUAUAAAUUUAAAUACAGUUACUCUUUGUUUUCAAGCAUUUAUCAAAGAUCAACAUAAUGUCAUGAGAUCAAUUACAACACCAGUUUAUAGCAAUCCUAUCAAUAAUUUAAAAAGCGCGUUAACAGGGGAACUUAAAAUAUGUAGAAUUGACAAGUAUACCAGUAGUUGUGAAGGUGGAGAAGAAGUGUUCAUACUUGUAGAGAAAGUUUCAAAAAAAAAUAUAAAAAUAAAAUUUUUCGAACUAAAUGACGAUGACAUUGAGGUCUGGACUGAUUAUGGUCGUUUCUCGGAACUAGACGUUCACCAUCAAUAUGCCAUGGUAUUUCGAACUCCACCAUACAAGGAUCUAUAUAUUACUUCACCGAGAGAAGUCUUUAUACAGUUGGAACGUCCUUCAGAUUCAGAUUGUUCAGAACCAAUCAAGUUUACAUAUAAACCUAGCGAUCGCAUGAUUGGUAGGAAAAGAACGCGAGUCUCUCAUUCGAAUAGCGAGGAAUUGGCACAAAUGGCGUUUAAUCUAGAUACGCCGUUAAUGAAUACACCAUUAAUGAAUGUACCUUCAAACAAUGAUAGUACCGAAAUUUCUAAAGAAAUAAAAAAGAUGUUAGAGGAUAAAUGCUCUUCGAGUGAGUUCAAGGAGUUUGUUGAUCACAUAAAUUUAGAUUUAUAUGAGAAUUUAUUAGCCCAAAGUGAAGAAAAUAAAUUAACUUAUGAUGGAGCACCGAGUAAAAAGGAUAAUGAAAUGUUUGCCAAAAAUGUUAUUAUCGAUACAAUAAAGAGAAUUAAAGCAAAUCCAGAUAAAUCUAAAGAUAUUAUAGUAAAUAUGUUAAAAGACAGAACAACUUAUGGUGAUUCGCCGCUACAUUAUGCACUCCGAUAUGGACAAAAAGAUGUUAUAAAACGUAUCUUAAUGCUUAUGAGUUUUGUAAGAACAAAGAGUGAAGAGUUAGUAAAUAUUCAAAAUAGUUCUGGCAAGACACCAUUGCAUUAUGCUGUUUCACAAGAACAUGCGGAAAUUACAAACGCAUUACUUAUACUUGGUGCAGAUCCAAAUAUAUCAGAUCAUUAUGGGCAAAUGCCAUUGCACAGAGCUGUUAAAUUUCCAGAAGCAAAAGCAAGUAUUGAUGUUUUAUUGGCUGAAGAAAAAAUCAACAUUGAAACAAAUACAGAUUUAGGGUGGACACCUUUGCAAUUAGCUGCUGAAGCAGGUUCAUACUAUGCAGUAUGUUCUCUGAUUAAAGCUGGUGCAGAUGUAAAUAAUACCGAUAUGUCGUAUGGAAGAACAGCUUUACAUAUCGCAGUCGAAGGAGGUCAUAAAGAUAUAGUGGAAUUGCUGUUAAAAAAUACCAAAAUAGAUGUUAACAAAAGAAACUUCAGUGGAAAUACAGCAUUGCAUACUGCAGUAGUUACGCCUGGGAUGAAAGCAAAAGAAAUAUGUGCCCUUCUAUUGAAAUAUGGCGCUGAUCCAUACAUAAGGAAUUUUAAUCGUGAGCCAAGCAACAUUGAAGGGGACCAAGUACAAAAUAUAAAAACUGAAAUACACUCGGACGAUGAAAACAUGAAAGAAUCCAUCGGACAAUCAUCUUUCGACUUGGCUUCAAACAAACCAGAUAUUCUACAACUUGUUUCCAAUCAAAAUGAUACAUCAUUAGGAGCAAUUAAGUGUAAAGAGGAAAAUAUUGAUGAUACACAAAAAGUUUGGAUGGAUGCAGUCCAGGAAAAACAAUUAGCAGAUAUCCUAGAUGAGACAAAAGGAUGGAAGAAAUUAGCCCGUCAUUUGAAUUUUGAAAAUUUAUUUAAUAACUUUGAAGAAAGUUCAUCCAGUUCAACAUUACUCCUUUUGAAUUAUAUUGCUAUACAAACCAAUAUAUCUCUCAGUGACCUGCAAAAUAUAUUACAAAGCAUAGGCGAAGAAAGUGCUGCUGUAUAUAUCGGACAAAUUUUAUCUGUAUUGUCAUAAAACUACGAGUCACACGAUUUUAAAAUGAUGAUAAUGAAUUAUUGAAUACACGUAUCAUAUAUUAUCAUAUAUUUUAUAACAAUAUUAUUAUUACGUUUGUAAAUUAAUCUUUUGCACAUAGGCGCCGCUAUAGCGAUAUACACUUUAUAAUGAAAUUAUUUAUGAUACUGAGAACAGUAGCGACAAUAAAAAUCUGGAAUUUAUUUGAUAUAAUAAUUUUUUAAUAUUCACUAGAGAUUUUACAAAAAUGCCUUGCUGGUAGACCAUAUGACAAAAUUAGCUGGAGUGCAAAGGGUUA